AUGACGAAAAAGGAUUGGGAUCGCUUUCAAAGUCAGACAGCUCGCUUGAGUUCUUUACUUGGACUCAAGCUCGAUUUUCUCGAGCCCCUAGAAGAAAUGCCACCAGAACAACGUGAUCAUCGAGACGAUAGAGAAUGGAUAAAGAUCUUUCUGGAAGAGAACAGUGAAAAACUUGACUCAACUGUCAGACACUCGCUCACUAAAGAUUUGCUUGAGCGUAUCGGUUUCGACCCUUUCAGCUCAGCAGUUGAAAUCAUAAUGGCUCGCUCACAGGCAGGUAGCAGGGAAAACCACGUUGAAGCUUGUGAAUGGGCACAGAUGUUUAUAAAAGACGAAUUUAAGUAUAAUCCUCUGCUGUCUACGAGAAUGUCCAAAUUUCCUUUUCAAAGCAGUAUCACCAAUAAGUGGGUUCCGCUGACGAACAUACCUAAAGAAGAGAUGCAAAGUAACAUCCAGUUGUCCAGCGUCAACAUCAUGAACCUUGUGACCAAGGAAUCCGAUGCGUAUGGCCUAGCUAGUACAGCAGUCAGUGCCUUGAUGCCACAGGACGACAGAAACAUUGCUCUUUAUCAUGGCACAGACCACCAAAGUGCGCGACAAAUUUUGAUUCGGGGAAUAUACUUAAAUGCUGGACGACAAAAGCGAGAUUUCAGUUGUGGAAAGGGAUUUUAUUUAACAACUGAAAUGGAAGAUGCUUUUAACUGGGCAAAACAAACAACAGAGAAGCCAGCCAUUUUAAUCUUUGCAGUCGACCGUACCGAUCUUAGUAAAACCCGUAAACUGAACUUGUACGAAAAUGAAGAAAAAUGGCGAGAAAUAGUAUCGUCCUUUAAAACAGCUACGCGAACCGCGGUUACAAGAGAGAGUGUAGAUCAGUAUGACUUGAUUGAAGGACCGAUGGCCAGAAUGAUACAGGACGAAACCUGUGACGAGUUGGUGUUCCAGCCGAAACCGUUAUCGUAUCAAAUAUGUCUGAUUUCAGAAGUUUUCGCUGAGGAGUUUGAGAAGACUCUCCACUCAAUUGUCUUCUUCGACUUUUCUUAGGCCAGGCAGAACCUGCUACUAAACCAUAUGGACCAUACUACAAUAACUUUAAAUUGUAAUAUCAUAAGCGCAGUUUUGGCCAAUCUUAUUAAAUCUUAUUAUACAGUUUAAGUUUCUAGCAUGAAAGUGUAUGUUAACAGUUGCAAAUUGUGCGUGCUUCUUCAUCGUCUCCAGCUCAGUCGGUAAGAAGAAAGUUAAAAUAUCUUUGCAGAGAGUUAUAACGUAUGACUUGACAGCCAAGGACCCAAGGCCGCCGAUGAGACGUGAAAAACCUAUGACAUUAAACGCGUCUUGUCAGACGGCUUUUGUAGGGUUUGAGAAAGCUGUACAUCCAUUUUCUUCUAAGACAAGUUGAUCCUACUGCUAGACCAUAUGGAAGAAUAGUUGUAAGUAUACCAUUUUACGAGUACUUAGAUUAAACAAUCAAGGGCCUAAGAACAACUGUAGUCUUUCUACUAAAAAUCGGUGGCAAAAAAUCAACGCACUUGAUUUCAGAACCUUUCGGACAUAAAUUGAAUGAACAACAAAACUGAAAAUUGCAUCUUCCAACUAAAAUAGCAAGAAACAAUACUAAAGGUGUGUUCGAUUUCGUCGUGCGGUAUUCCGGAGUACGAAUACACGCAAAGGUUGUUGAAAGUACCUUCCCUCGGGAUUUUGGAGCCACCAGAUUGCUACACUAAUACAAUCAUUUCUGCCUUAGGGCUUGAUCAUCCAUUUAUGCAAUAGAAUAUGCUAUCUGAUAUGUUUGUAUGCCUGAACGCUCAGCUUGUCAAGAACAAAGUACGUCCCCAUGCUAAUUAAAAAAGAUCCAAGAAGUCGGCAACACUUAAAUGUCUGCGUUCUGCUAGACUAUGCACAUCAGAAUCUGUAUUCAGACAAUAAACAGCAAUUCAGACAACAGUUUGCUAUGGUUAUAAUUGCAAUAGAGACGAAAGAAAUAAAGAAAUAUCAAGAGUGUAGACUUCGAACUGGAUUCAUAAGAGGGGACAAACGUUUUUGAAAUAGUUGUUAAUAGUAAUACCACUUAAUGCGAAUUUCACGAGAGGAUAGAUAAGUCCCACCAAUUCAAUUUCGUGCCAUUUUACUGGAGAACGCAUUUCCAAUUCUUGCGUAGUGGGAAUUCUAACAAACCAGAACUGAUAGAUCCAAAAAGAGACUUUCACCUUUUCACCCAGCCCUGGUGGUCUCACCUAUUGGCUCUGGCCGGAUUAUGAACAUCACAUUGCUCCAGCUAUUACCACAAUCUUUAUUAGCUCUCUUAUUAAAGCAACAUGUAGUCCCUUUGAAAUGGAAAUUAGUAAACGCGUCACCUUCUCCUAAGGAGGCGCGGGAAGGGUACACUCCAAUAUCGACGUGGCUUUCUUCUUUGAUACACCCCCAGAAGAAAAAAAAAAUGGGAUAAGAUUGACCACUAUCCGGACUUAGCGCAAAAGAUCUGGAACUGCAGAGGUGUGUCUAUUAUCCCUACCAUGAUUGGGGCACUUGGAAAAAAACCUGAAGAUAUGGUUUAACAACAUAGGAAGACCUGGGAUC